CGGACUACAAGCCAUUUUGGGGACGGUGUCAGUUUCCACAGAGCACACAGUGCUGCGUUUUCCACGGAGGGAGCUGAAUUUGGAGGCAAAGUUCUCGCACCACGGACCCGGGAUUCCUCUUUAAUGCGACGCCAGGAGCCCGACGUCUUCGUAUCCCGCACCUCUCGACACGCGUAAAACGCGGCGACGCUGAGCCCAGCGAGACUUUAGUACGCGUCUGAAAUGUGCGCUCUGCGCGAUUGACAGCGUCUGCAGUCGGUUUCAAGAUGGCGGCUCGGCUCCUAUUCAUUUUCUGCUGAUCGCCUUCUAACUUUCAUUGUCUAUUCGGCUCCGAUCUCACGGAUUAUCCCAUCGAGCCACCGGGUCUGUUUGGGUAUUUUGCCAUGCAUCGAACCACCAGAAUAAAGAUCACGGAGCUGAACCCACACCUCAUGUGCGUCCUGUGCGGGGGAUAUUUCAUCGACGCGACCACCAUCAUCGAAUGCCUGCAUUCAUUCUGCAAGAUGUGUAUUGUGCGGUACCUGGAGACCAGCAAAUAUUGUCCAAUCUGUGAUGUGCAAGUGCACAAAACCAAGCCUCUUCUCAACAUUAGGUCUGACAAAACGCUGCAGGACAUUGUCUAUAAGCUGGUUCCAGGCCUCUUCAAAAAUGAGAUGAAGAGGAGGAGAGACUUCUAUGCAGCACACCCCUCUGUAGAUGCUACGAAUGGAUCGAACGAGGACCGCGGAGAGGUGGCCGACGAAGACAAGCGCAUCAUCACAGACGAUGAGAUCAUCAGUCUCUCUAUUGAGUUCUUUGACCAGAACAGGGUUAAACUUGGUGUUGUCCCAGAUGACAAGCCCACUAAAGACCAGGCGGCAAACAAGAGGUACCUUCAGUGUCCAGCAGCCAUGACAGUCAUGCACUUAAGGAAGUUCCUGCGCAGUAAAAUGGAUAUCCCCAACACCUACCAGGUUGAAGUCAUGUAUGAAGAUGAACCACUAAAAGAUUACUACACACUAAUGGAUAUAGCCUAUAUCUACACUUGGAGACGGAAUGGCCCGUUACCUUUGAAAUAUCGAGUCAGACCCAACUGCAAGAAGAUGAAGCUGAGUCCAACACAACCAGAGGCCCCGAACAGCACCGGCCGAUCUGGCCCGGAAAGCGACUUUGCGAGCGACAAAGCCAGCAGUCCAGCCGGCGUCCCCUCCACGUCUUCGUCGUUGCCGAGCCCGAGUACGCCUGCGCAGUCGCCGCACCCACAGUUCACCCCCGGCAGCGCUCCGAACAACCAGAACGGCGCUCCCAGUUUACCCCCCCUCGCCCAGAGUCGGCCGUACCCAUUCAGCAUCAAAUCACGGAAGAUGUCUGUCAACGGAUCGUCCGCCUCCUCUGGAUGACUUCGCGUAAUGACGCAGGCUUUUCGCAGCCCACGAAAGACGCGCUCCUCUGAAGUUUUCACGCCAGUGUAGUUCCAUCGUGUAGUCUCUCUUACGUCACUCUCGCCGUCUCAAAGGGCCGUUGUUGUUCGACAUACUCUAAUGAGGGAUGGAAGUUUAACGUAGUAGAAAAUGAAACAUUUGGCCUGUUCCUUUUUUUUUUUAUGGAGAUUAUCCAUGGGAAAUGUUUUGUGUCAAAGUGUAGACGGAAAAACUGCAUUUAACCUGUAGGCCUACCUAUUCCCCAUAAGCUACGUUUUAUUUUACGGAUGUGACUGAUGGUUUUCUUUUGUCUUUUUUUAAUUUGACGUUUGAUGUCCUUUUUACUUUUUGUUGUCGAGUCAAACAUAUUGAUAUGACUAUUUUAGGUGUGCCGGGUUAACCUAUUUGAAAAUGUCAGUUAAGCAUGCCUAUAUAGCCUAACACUUUUUUUUCUUCUCAGAAAAAUACUAUGUAGCCUAUAUCAGAAGGGUUAGUCUAUAUGCUCGUCCCCCCCCCCCCUAAAAUGUCAUUUUUUUUAUAAUCUAUAUAUUUUUAGAAAAGUUUCAACGAAAGUUUAGCCUCUUUGGGAGAAUUAUAGGCUGACUUUGGUUGACGUAGGCUGGUGGUUCACUGCUCUAUGCAGAAGAAAAACUUCAAGAGAGUUCUCUUAAUUUGCCUUUUUACUGGAAAUGCACACGUUUAGCCUCUUCGUAGCUGCAGUUGAAUCCAAACGCUUUCAUCCACCUCUUUUAAAACGUAUACGCGUUUUUAGAAAAAUCUCCUGUAAAUAGAAAAAAUGCAUAUUUAAUCAUCGACGACUUUGUUUUUCUGUUCCUUUUAUUCCAUGGGAAUGACAGGCUUCUUUUACACGAAUAAGCACCUCACCUGCAUUUCAUGCUUAACGAAUGAUGUUCUGUUGUCUCCUGUGUUUUCUCCGUAUUUGUAUCGCUUGAUUGUAUGGACAACUAUUGUAUUGUUACUGUUGCACAGUAUAAAAACAUCUAAAUAAAACAUUUUACACUUGUAA